UCUUGCCUCUCAACCCAUCACACAAAGAACUAGCUCUCUCACCGUCACUGAUACACCGAGACGAGCUAGAAAUUAACUGCAUUUCGAUCGUCGACAUGGCUUCCAAGAACUCCAUGUCCUCCUCGCUUCUCUUCCUCAUGGCGCUGCUGCUCUCAUGGAGCUCCAUCAGCAGCGCAGCUCGCUACCUGGAGGAGGAGGCCGCGCCCAAGGAGGAGUACCCGGAGCUUCCGAAGCCCGAGCUGCCGCCGCACCUCGCCGUGCCGGAGCUGCCAAAGCCCGAGCUGCCGCAUGGCGCCGCCGUGCCGGAGUUUCCGAAGGUGCCUGAACUGCCACACCCCGAGGUGCCGGAAUUGCCGAAGCCUGAAUUGCCUGAGCACCCUGCGGUGCCGGAGCUCCCGAAGCCUGAGCUGCCAUCGUUGCCCAAGGUCGAGCUGCCGCCAUUGCCCAAGCCUGAGUUCCACUUCCCGGAGCCGGAGGCCAAGCCACAAGCGCGGCAGCCACGGGCGGAGCGGCGUGACGGGGUUCUCCUCUGUGGAGGCGACGAGCACGGCCGCGGCGGCGACGACAGGUUCCCAGACCCGGAGCCAACGGUUGACGACGCCGACGCGGCAAGCAGUGGGCGAGCGCGGCUGGAGCAGAGCAGUGGCCGGUCGGUGACGACGGCGGAGUUGCUAUCCGGCAGGGUCAAGAGUUCGCCGGCGCAAGGGAUUGGCGGGCACAGCGAGUCACCGAACUCCUCCAGCGAGACGUCGGCGUCGGCCUCGACGAAUGAGACGAACGCGGAGGAGGCCGAUGAGGAAGUCCACCGCGUCCUUGCGCGCCUCCGCGUACAGCACGUUAAGUGCAAACCGUUCGACAUGGCUUCCAGCCAUACCAAGCCAUCCAUUCUCCUCCUUGCGGCAGCGCUGCUGCUGCUCUCGUGCAGCUCCAUCGGCGGCGCGGCGAGGUAUCUGGAGGAGGCUGCGCCGGCGGCGGCGGCGGCGGAGGAGGAGGAGCACCCGGCACACCCCGCCGUGCCGGAGAUACCAAAGCCUGAACUGCCGGAGCUGCCCAAGGUGCCUGAGCUGCCUCACCCCGUCGUGCCGGAGUUGCCGAAACCGGAGCUGCCGAAGAUCCCCGAGGUGCCGCACCUCGCCGUGCCGGAGCUGCCCAAGCCGGAGGUGCCGGAGAUUCCCAAGGCUGAGCUGCCGCCAUUGCCCAAGUUCGAGUUGCCGCCGAAGCCCGAGUUCCACUUCCCGGAGCCGGAGGCCAAGCCAUGAAAAAUGACGAUCAGAUUACACCCCGUGCAGGCGUGUGGCAGUCAGUGAUCUGAAUCAAAUUCGCGUGGGUGUGCGAAGUGUAGGACGUUUUGCGUGUGAUCUUGUUCGUGGUGAGCCCCGGCUGGUGUGAUGUGAUAUAGUAGGAUCGUGAUGUUUCAGAGUUUCGUACUCUCGUUGUUGUAUUCAGAGAUUCAGCUGGCUGAUGGCUGAUGUUGUGUACUUCCUAUCCGUUCCCAAGUACUUGUCAUCAGUUAUUAUUCAUAUUUCAACUUUGACCA